AUGGCUUGUGUAGCUGUGAUUUCUCUUAUGAGGACAAUAGAGCUUGAGAUCUUGCGACCUCAACCUCGUCCAAUCCUACAACAAAAGGAGCUUAUCCCUUGCAACAAAGUGUUGAUCCAAUCCCUCCAUGAAAAGCUUGGUUUUCUGAUAGAGCUAUUAGAUGAGAACAGAAUGGAUGGAAUUCAAGCAAUUAAAGACUUGGAAACAAAACUUAGAGAUGUGGCUUUCAGAGUAGAAUAUGAAAUCGAAUUCCAAAUCGCAAAACUCUACGAGGACGAGGAAGAGGAAAUUGGAAUAGCAGAUCUUUUUGUGGAAGCAGAAGAAACUCUUGAUCUGGGGGAUAUAGAAGCAGAAGAUAAAGAAUUUAGAGUUGCAGAUCUUUAUGUGGAAAACACACAAGGGGAGAAAUCUUGGCCUUCAUGCAAACUUGGUCGUAUUUUAGAAAAAGCAAUAGAAGACAUUGAUGCCAUCAAGGAAGAGUUGGCGAAAGUCAAGCAUGUCAUAGCCUUGCAAAGAAGGGAAACAACACUUGAUGCGUUUACUGAACGUGACGAAGAAGUUAUCAUGCUGGGGAAUUCUUCUGAACAUGCUUCACACUCUGAGGAGAUUAUGGUGGGGAAGAACAAUGAGUUCCAGAUUGUAAAGAAGAUGUUAACUGAGCAUUCAUCAAGGCAACGAGAAAUUGUCUCGAUUAUAGGUAUGGGAGGCAUUGGCAAGACAACAUUGGCUAAGAGGGUUUAUGAAGAUCAGUCAAUCGUAUCCUAUUUUGACAAGCGAGCUUGGGUUGUUGCAUCCCAACAUCAUAAUAAGAGACAAAUGCUCACAGGUUUUCUUAAGUCAAUGGGCUAUGAAAAUAGUGGCACCGAAGAGGAGCUAGCAGAAAAACUAUAUCGAUAUUUGCUACAUCAAAGGUAUUUUGUUGUAAUAGAUGACAUUUGGAGUGACGAGGCGUGGAAUGUUGUCAAAGCUUGCUUUCCAGAUAAUAGCAAUCAUAGCCGAGUAUUGUUAACUACUCGCUUUGCAAAGGUGCCUACUCGUAUUGGCUCUAGUAAUGACUUUUCUCAUCAAAUGCAGUUGUUAGAUGAAAGUGAGAGUUGGAAUUUAUUUCACGAAAAGACAUGCAAAUCUUACGAUGUUGAAUUUGAGGCAAUUGUAAGACCCGUUGUUAAGAAAUUGAAAGGAUUGGCUUUGGCAAUUGUUGUGGUUGCGGGUUUAUUUUCCAAACUCAACACCCUAGAUGCGUGGAAGAAUAUUGCUGAAACUCUAAAUUCAUUUGCAACAACAAGCAUUGAUGAAGAAUGCUCAAGGAUUCUCUCAUCAAGUUACAAUCACUUGCCUUACAAAUUGAAGGCUUGUUUUUUAUAUUUGAGCAUUUUUCCAGAAGAUAAAGAGAUUCAUGUUAGAAUUUUGAAAAAGUUAUGGGCUGCUGAAGGACUUAUAAAGGAAUUUGAGAGUAUGAGCAUUGAUGCAAUUGCUGAAAAGCACAUUCAAGAACUCAAGGUUAGAAACUUAAUUCUUGUAAGCCAGGCAAGUAGUUCAUGUGGAGGAAAAAUAAAGGCAUUUAGAAUCCAUGAUUUAUUGCAUUCUUUUUGUGUAAGGGAAGCUAAAAAGGACAACCUUCUCCAUGUUGUCUAUGAAAAUGGUUGCAGUUCCCCUCCAAAAGAUUUUCGUUGGGUAAGCAUCCAAUCAAACAACUUGAGCAGACAUACAUCAUAUUCUAUUUUUAGAAACUGCAGAUCCAUCUUCAGUUUCUCACCAAUAGGCACAUAUUUGAAUUUGAAAUUUUGCAGUUUAUUAAGAGUACUCUAUAAUAUCGAGUACAAGAUUGCGAAUCUUGUCCAUUUGAGAUGUCUAUUUUCAAAUGGUUCACAUAAAAACAUGUUAAAACCCUUCCGCGCAUGGAAUCUUCAAAUAUUUUCUUCCGAUAGGAGGCUUGGUGAAAUUGGCAUUUUAGAGUUUCCACAACUACAACAUUUCAACUGUUACUAUAUUGCUGGUGAUUUUCCCAUAUUUUUUCAUCAAAACUUGAAGAGCAUUUCUUGGAUUGGGCCUGAUCAAUGCACAAGAGAAUUAUUUGCUAAUAUUCCAAAUGUGAAGAAGCGGAUUAAGUAUGUGAUGAAUCCAAAUAAUCAUAUUGGUCGCUUGGAAAACCUUAAGAAGUUGGUUGUUUGUGAUUUUCCGUUUGGGUGGAAGGCAGUUAAUAGUCUUAGCAAGUUGCCUAAACUUGAGGUGUUAAAGCUAUUAAGGUGUAUUUGCAUUGAUGAAGAAGAGUGGAAACUAUCAAAGAAUGAGAAAUUUGAGCAAUUAGUUUAUUUGAAAAUUGAUGCAAUUUAUCUGAAGUGUUGGGAAGCCAGUGCUUAUCACUUUCCGAACCUUGAGUGCCUAAUCCUUUCUUGCGAAAAAUUGGAAAAAAUCCCAGCCAACUUUGCAGAAAUUUCAAAUUUGAAGUCUAUCAAAUUGAUUGGUUGUCUUACUUCUGCGGUGGCUUCAGCAAAGCAAAUUUUGGAAGAGCAACAUGACGAAGGAAACGAUGAUAUGAUUGUCAUUGAGAAAUAUACAAUAGAGCCUUACUCCUCUGAUGAAGAUGGGGAAAUUGAAGAUGAGGAAGAUGAAGAUGAGGAAAUUGAAUAUGAGGAAGAUGAAGAUGAGUCUGAUGAUGAUGAGUCCGCCUCCGCUCGCCUUGUCCGCAGUUGGUCUCCCCUUCCCUUGCAGCCGCCGCCUUCUCUUCUUUCUCCUCCGCCGCCUCCACAUUCUCCGGCCACAACCCCUCUCCAUCACCAUCACCAUAGGCAAGAUGAAAAAAACUAAGAACAAAUUCUUGUGGUUAGGGUUAGGAAAAUGUGAAAGUCGCCAAACGCCGGCCGAUUCUCGGGAUAGGAUGGGAUUUCAAGGACUUCAAUUCACCGACUCCUCUAGUUUCGCUCCUGAUAUUGGAGUUGGGCGGUUUAGAUGAUGAGGAGGUGUUCCUGUUGCCGGAGGAUUUGGCGGUGGGCGAUGAUUACUAUCCUGGAAGUGGUAAUGUUUUGUUUUACUUUAAUUUGCUAUGUUCUUGAUUACUAUCCUGGAAGUGGCAAGUAAAUGAAGUCCAAGUAUUGCUUGAUUCCAUUCGUUGGGAAGAAAUGUGAAAGAUUAUG